CUGAUGCAGGCAUUUGGAUUUUUCCAGAUUCGGUUGCCCGCGGCGAAGCUUUAUCCCUGAAAAUGAGUGAGGAUAGUAUGUGUCUUGUUGCCAUUGGCUUGCUUCACACUAGGCUGGCUCUUACUAGUUAAGCUUCUACUAAUGAUCAAGAGAUUCUGCCUUCUCAUCAUGCCAACCUAUAAAGCGCAUGAGCAUGGAAUCGACGAACAAACGAAAAUAAACCCCCGCGCUUAGCUUGACACUCAGGCUGGUUAUUUUUUGACGAUGAAUCUCUUGACAAUCAUUCUCUUGGCAUUCACGGCCAUCAGUCCUUUUGGUGCACGAGCCAUGCCGGACUCAGACACCACCGACUCAUCAUGCGCUUGGAGUGCGUGCGAGGAAAAUCCGCAGUGUCCGGAUUUCCCUUAUAAUGUCUGGAAAGACAGACGCUGCACCCUCAAAGACGGUAACAUCGGGAUACAAUUCUUUUGCUGUACACCAGAGUAGUAGUAAUAGUAGUAGGGAGUGCCGAUGGUUUUGGCAUGAGGAUCUGAAGUUCUCAAUUGCAUAGUACUCACUGUUCGUUCCGGUUGUCUCCCUCCGAGGGUACUUACGGUCAUCUGACCGAACUCCAACUCACCCUAUGAGUGGUCAUCAGAGCCUGUUGCAGGGCCUCCAGCAGAUUGUCGUCAUCCAUUUCAAGGUCUUCUACUCAAGUUUUCAUAGAAACCAGCUCGGCCCCUAAGCCGGGGAGCCCAUGAAGUUAUUAUGUCUGCUGGUAGUUGACACUUCGACUAUAAGUUCUGCCUAGCGAGGUAGUU